GAGAUUUCACAGCUAGGUCCCUUAUUUCAGCUUGCCUGGCAGAAGCACCCACAGUGCCAGGGUCCAAGUGCAUUCCUCCUUAACUCAUCCUUAGCCACCUUUUCUUUAACCCCUAGAACUGGGCUGGGGUAGAAGAACCCUUCUGGUUGGAGAGUUUUCAGUUCAUUGUUGGCCAUUGCUGAGCUGCAGACAAGCUGCAGCUGAUCUGGUCAGAGCAGACACAGCACACCAGGAUCCUCCACCAGAGAAUUGGACAGCUGGUGCCAUGCCCAACUUUGUGGCACCAGAAGUAAAAAAAUUCGUGGCCUGGGACUACGUUGUGUUUGCAGCGCUGUUUUUAAUCUCUGCCAGCAUUGGAGUCUUUUUUGCAGUCAAAGAGAGGAAAAAGAAAACUUCCAAGGAGUUUUUGGUGGGUGGUAAGCAGAUGACAUGUGGACCCAUAGCCUUUUCUCUCACAUCAAGCUUCAUGUCAGCAGUGACAGUGCUGGGCACACCCUCUGAGGUUUAUCGCUACGGAGCAUCCUUUGUGCUCUUCUUCCUCUCCUACACCCUCGUCAUCAUCCUCACUGCUGAGCUCUACCUGCCUGUUUUUUACAGAUCUGGCAUCACAAGCACUUAUGAGUACUUGGAGUUAAGAUUUAACAAGAUUGUUCGUCUUGCUGCAACAUUGAUUUACAUCCUGCAGACGAUCCUUUACACAGGAAUAGUGGUCUAUGCUCCAUCACUGGCACUCAACCAAGUCACUGGAUUUGAUCUCUGGGGUUCUGUGGCUGCCACAGGAAUUGUCUGCACUUUCUAUUGCACUCUGGGAGGAUUAAAAGCUGUUGUCUGGACAGAUGCAUUUCAAAUGGUUGUCAUGGUGGCUGGCUUCAUGACAGUGUUGAUUCGAGGAACCAGUCUGAAUGGAGGAUCUGCCAAAGUCUGGGAGGAUGCCCAUGGAGGAUCUCGGCUGAACAUAUUUGACUUUGAUGUUGAUCCUCUGAGACGACACACCUUCUGGACAAUUGUUAUUGGGGGAACAUUUACAUGGCUGGGACUCUAUGGAGUCAAUCAGUCCACAAUACAGAGAUGCAUUUCCUGCAAAUCAGAAAAGCAUGCCAAACUAGCACUUUACCUGAAUUUAUUGGGACUCUGGACAGUCCUAAUGUGUGCAGUGUUUUGUGGGUUGGUGAUGUACUCCCAUUACAAGAGUUGUGACCCUUGGACUGCUGCUUUCAUUUCAGCUCCUGAUCAGCUCAUGCCAUACUUUGUUAUGGACAUUUUUUCCUCGAUGCCAGGAGUCCCAGGGCUGUUUGUUGCCUGUGCAUUCAGUGGAACACUAAGCACAGUAGCUGCCAGCAUCAAUGCUUUAGCCACUGUUACCUUUGAAGACUUGAUCAAGAAAGGUUUCCCAAAUCUCUCUGAGAAGAUGAGCACGUGGAUCAGCAAAGCUUUAUGUGUGCUGUACGGUGUCCUGUGCACUUCCAUGGCUGCAGCAGCAUCCCUGCUGGGAGGAGUGGUGCAGGCUUCCCUCUCCAUCCACGGGAUGUGUGGGGGGCCAAUGCUGGGAUUAUUUACUCUGGGAAUUGUGUUUCCCUGUGCUAACUGGAAGGGUGCUCUGGGAGGCCUCUUGGCUGGGAUCAGCUUGGCUUUUUGGACUGGUACUGGCUCUUUCCUUUACCCUGCUCCCCCAGCCAAGGCCAUCCCCCUGCAGCUGUCGACCCUCAACUGCACACUGGCCAACAGCAGCGAGGCGCUGCUGACACCAGCUCCCACUGCGCCUGCAGAGAGGCCUGUGCUGGCAGACACCUGGUACUCCCUGUCCUACCUGUACUUCAGUGCCGUCGGCUGCCUGGGCUGUGCCAUCACAGGGCUGCUGAUCAGCUUGGCAACAGGACCCAGCAAAGGAGAAGACAUCCCACCAGUGCUAAUUAAGCCAGUCUGCAACCCGUUCUGCUUUUGGUCCAAAAGACUCAGGAUGCUGCUGUGGUGUGGAGUGCAGCACGACAGCCUGGAGAUGGACUUUGAGAAACAACAGCCUAAGGUUGCUGCAAAUAAAACCAGAACAGAUUACACCUCCAAGAAUAACACCAACAAAGAAAAUAAUCACCAGAUCCGUGGUUACAAUGCUGAGGAAAAUUCAUAUACAAAUAUAAGCAGAGAAUCUUUCCUCUAGAAGCUGAGGGACAAGGCAUGUUUAAUCAAACUUCAGUUCUUCAGCUUUAGAAAUUAAUAACUUCUUUUACUGCAUUUACCAGCUUGUAGGUGACCAAGAGGGAGCAAUUUAUUGCUCUCUAUAGCAAUAAAAGCCAGAUUUCUAUUUAUGAAUUUAUUGGCAGACCUGGGAAAUGAUCAGACAGUCCAAAUUGGGUUUUGGAAGCACUGCUGCUUCAGAAGAAAUGCUUCAUGAGUUUUGUUGUGGACUCUCACUCAGAUGCAGCUGCAAUGCAUCUGCACCACACACUAUCCAGCAACUCCUGGCUGAAGGGAAUGUGCAAAGGUGAACUGGAAAUGAAUCCAGACUUUGGAGAAGUUGUGAGGGACGUCACUGAGCUGAGUCUGUCAGCUGCCCUCUGAUGGAGAGAGAGAAGAGAGGUCAGGCUGAGCCUACACCCAGGAAUGGCAAAAAGUCUCCUGACAGGAGCCUUGUGCAGACCAGGCUGGUCUUUCAGCCACUGAGAUACCAGUGUUUGCUUCCUCUGGGGAAUCCAAGCUUUCUUUACAACUUCUCAUUGCAAAAGCUGUAGGACAGAGUAGCAAAUUCCACUUCGAAUUCAGGAUAGUUCUUUAUCUGUGGUAGUUUUCAGCCUAAAAGGAUCCACUUUCAUGCAAUAAAGAAAAUAAACCCAAAUUGAAUAAUGAUCAUGCCUCCUAAUUGAUAAUUCAUGCUGAGUUUUGAAAAAGAAGACACAUAAAAAGGGAAAUAAUCUGUCUGGUGCAAUAUCUUGGAAGCAGAGCACACCCAGUGCUCUCUUUCAGUGAAACACAUUUCUUCUAAAACUUGCUGUUUGUAAAUAAAACUCAACUUCUCAUCUUGAUAAAACUCUGGAUAUACUUUUUCAUUAAAUAUAUUUGGUUUUAAACAAAAUUCAUAACUGAAUGAAACAGACUAAAUGAAAAUUUAAAGAUGACUCAUGGACUCAGUUGACACAUUUAGUUUGUAUGUCUUUGAAGAGCCCCAGCAUUGCUUUUGCUUUAUCAGUGAUCAUCUUUAUGAUGCAGAUGUCAGUCUGAUCCUUGAAGUAACUUCCCCUGUGUUCACACCCUACCCCUGGAAGUGGUCCUGGGAUUUUAAUGAGAACAGAAACAGCAGUCUGUAAGUGAUACUCCCUUGCUUGCGUGAAGCAGUUAGUCAAGAAACUGAGAACUCAGUUUUUGUGUCAAUCCCUUUUGCACUGCUUUUACAAUCUCAUUAAAACCUACAGCUGAG